GUUAGUGGCCCUCAGUAUCGCGCGUCGUUUCGUGGUGUUCGGUUCGUUCGGUUUUGUUUCGUGCAGUGUGUUCGUUCGCAAGCAAGCUUUAUACGGAAGAGAAAUAGAAUGACAGCGACGUGAAGAUACUGAAAUACGGAACGGUCCUCCUGCUCAGUUCCUUCCCGAGUGAGUUUCGAACCGAACGUUUCUCCAAUUCGAAGCCAACGAAAGGAUGCGGCGUCUCGACGUAACUACGCUUCUGCUUUGCCUUCUAACGUCACCGGUGUUCGGCCAGGACGGCGACCUUUACUUCUCCGUGAGCCCCGGCGAGCACUCGGUCGCCGAGGGAUCCCCGGUGCGUCUGAGAUGCGAGGCGCAGCCGAGCUCGCGGGUCAAGUACAUGUGGAAGAUCGACGGCCAGCCUCUGGCGCCGAGCCCGCGAAGGCACCAGGACGGCGGCGAUCUCCGCAUCACCAGGGUCAAUCGUAUCCUCGACAGUGGAAACUUCGUCUGCGUGGCCACUCACGAGGAAACUGGAUACUCCAUCGAGAGUUCGCCCGCCAAGAUCGACAUCCAAUGGAUCAGCGAGGCGAGCGUGCAACUCCAGCAGCCCAAGCUACCCUCAGCGAUCCGCGUGGGAGGCGAGAUUGAACUUCGAUGUCACGUCGACGGCUCCGGGGACAUCAAGUACGAGUGGUUCAGGAACCGCGAGCCGGUGGCGAGGAGCGAUCGGAUCGAGAUCAAGAAGAAGAAGCUGCACGUGCACCGAGCCGUGGCCGAGGACAGCGGCAUGUACAACUGCCUCGCCAAGAACGACGCCGGAUCCUCUCCGAAAAUGGAAAGUUUCCCUCUGAUCGUCUCGAGCAACGAGACCGCCUCGGUCAAAGUCGUUCCAAGGGACUUGAUCGCGAAGAGGGGCGAGCCUGCCGUUCUCCACUGCGUGUUCGAGGAUGCUGACUCCGUCCAGUGGUUCUUCAAGGACAUGGGGCCGCUCGAGACCGACGACGAGAGGACCGUGUUCGAGAACGGCACGUUGGUCAUACGAUCAGCCGAGCACAGGGAUCAAGGAUUCUAUUCCUGUCACGGGGAUCGGGGAGAGAGCACCAUCAGCUACACGGUCGAUCUUCAAAUAGCUUAUUUGAUGAACCUUUCCGCGGCCUCGUUCGAACCCCUGUUGUCGAGCCAAGUGGCCGUGGUUGGCGAGGAGCAGGAGUUGCAAGUCAGCUGUUUGGAACCAUCCGGCCUCCCGCCUCCCAGAGUCUAUUGGAGGGAUCCCAAGGGGCACAUUAUAAGCGACUCCGGCCCUGUGCGCGUCCAGGAUAACACGCUUAUCGUCGCCAAGGCGAGGAUGGGCGAGGAUGACGGCAAUUACACUUGCGUAGCCGAGAACAUGGCCGGGGAGACCGAUAUUUCCGCCCAAGUGGUCAUCUCCACUCCGCCGACGUUGAUAAGCUCGCCAGAGAAUCUAAGCGUGAUGGAAGGAGAUUCCGUGACGAUGACGUGCUCCUAUUCCGGCAUGGACGCGCCUGUGACCCACGUUCGUUGGCUGAAAGACGGGGAGCCUCUGAAGGAGAGCGGCGGCCCGACCAGGCACCGGGUAACCGAUCACCACGGCAACGUGACCCUGCACUUGAAGAGCGCCGACCUGUCCGACAAGGGCGGCUACGCGUGCGAGAUAACCACGAAAGGCUUCCCGCCGAUAUUUUCGGAACGAGCCGGCCUCACCGUCGAGGAGAAGCUCAAGUUCUCCCCGCAACCGGUGGACAAGCGGCUGGAGCUCGGCUCCACGGCCAAAGUGCCUUGCAAGUCUCAGGGCGCCACUAAUCCCACGGUGAAGUGGAUCAAAGAGGGGUCAGGCGAAGAAUUCCCCAAGCACGUGCAAGAUAUCAAUGGAACUCUUCAUUUCAAUGGAGUUCUCGAGGAAGACAAGGGUCGAUACACGUGCAUAGCCAGCAACGCCCAAGGAUCGAUCAACCACACGAUCAGUAUCGACGUAGUCAUUGCGCCAAAGUUUACCAUCCAACCGCAAAAUCCGACGGAGGCGAUCGAGGGAUACCCGGUGAUGCUGCACUGCGCGGCGGAAGGUGACCCCAAACCGACCAUCCAAUGGGACAGGGACUCUCGAAUGAACAAUCUGAAUAAUUCCCGAUUCGAGGUGCUCGGGAACGGAAGUUUGUACAUAAAGGAAGUGUACAUGAGCGACGAGGGGAAGUACGGAUGCACGGCCGGGAAUAGCGGCGGCUUGAAGAGGGAAGAAGUUCAGUUGAACGUGAAAGCCGGCGACACGUACAGAUUCGACAUGGAUUUGGAAGUGGGGGACAACGGUUCUAUGAUGACGAAGACGAUCACGAUCACUUUGAGCGCGGCCGCCGCCUACAUGGUGUUGGUCGUGGGCCUGAUGCUGUACUGUCGUUACCGUCGCCGUCGCAGGAAGCAGCAAUAUCUCCAAGAGCAGGCAGAAGAAAAACUGGAGAACGGAGAGGUCCAGGAGGAACAGACCGAGCUGAAAGAGACCAGCUCCAGCAAGAUGAACUCGACGGCCAACAAGAAAAAGGAGAAUCGCGACUCUUCCCACAAUAAGAGCGACGGUGCGGACACGGCCCAGAGUCAGAGCAGCAACCAGUCGAAGAAAUCCAAGUCGAAUUACGACAAGAUAGCCGUGUCCCGUAGCAAUUUGAAAGAAUUGAAGCCGCUUGGCAGGGGCGAAUUCGGCGAGGUGUACUCGACCAAGUAUCAGGUGGACGGCGACAAAGAGAGCCUGGUUAUGGUGAAGAGUUUGAUCAACACCAAGGACGAGACCGCCCUCCAAGAGUUCAAGCGCCACCUGGAUCUUCUCCACAAGUUGAAUCACGAGAACGUGGUGAAACUGAUCGGUCUGUGUCGCGAGGAGGAGCCUGACUACAUGAUCCUCGAGUACACCGAUUGGGGCGAUCUGAAGCAAUUCCUGAUCGCCUCGCGCAAGGACAACACCUCGAGCCCCACCCACGAGUCGAAAGCACCGCGGGCGCCCCAACUGUCCGUCGCGCAGAUCCUCUCCCUGUCCAACCAGGCGGCGAAAGGGUUGAAGCAUCUCGCGGACACCCGCCUCGUCCACAAGGACAUAGCAGCUCGAAACUGUUUGAUCGCUAGCAACCUGACCAUCAAAAUCUCGUUGCCGUGCAUGACCAAAGAACCGUAUCAACAGGAAUACACCAAGCAUCGAAACCAAGUGAUCCCAUUGAGAUGGUUGCCGUACGAGGCCGUCUACGAGGACGAAUAUUCGACCAAGAGCGACGUGUACUCGUUCUCUUGCCUCGUAUGGGAGAUGUUCCAUCAGGGUGAGUUGCCGUUCAACAAGAUGAACGACGAGUCGGUGUUGGCCGCGCUCAAGACUCAAACCCUCGCGUGGAAGCCGCACAAAGCGGCGCCGCCCUCUUUGCAAGAACUUCAAGCUCAAUGUUGGGCCAACGACCCAAGGGAGAGACCGACUUUCGACGAGGUCGUCUCGAAAAUAGGUGAAAUUGUCGUCGACAGUUGCCUCUAGAUUUGAUCGACGACGCCACGAGGCUCUAAAUCCAAGGAUACCGCGACAGGGGAUAAUAAUCGCGCGGAUCCAUUACAUCCUCUGAUCGAUCCCUGAACGAUCAUCUUUCCGCCCGAUCGUUACUCGUGUUCGCGGUAUUCUCUCGCGUCCAUUAGGUCGAUAAGGAUAUAUAAUUUAUUUCUCGCAAAAAGGAGAAAGAUAAAGAGAAAAAGGAUCCGCUGAUGACUGCCAACUGUCAGGAUUUAAUUAAGGAUACGUACGAUCCCGUACACGCUACAAAUAUUAUAACGACUGUAAUAACUGCAAUAUUUAGUAUAUUCAGAUAUCAGUGUAAACGAUAGUUAUAUCGAUCACAGCACAUCGAAUAUAUUCGUAAGGUUAUUGCUACUAUUGUCGUUUCUUCUCAUCGACACGAAAAUCUAAUCAAGCUACGAAGUGUGAAUGCAACAACAAGAAAGUACCACGACCAUAUCAACGUUGAACGAACGACGACGAUUUUUAUAUCCCGCCUAAUUCACACACACCCUUCUUAUACACAAUUGUAUUCCCGUUUAAGGCUUAAGGAUUAUUUAUAGCGUACACUCGGCGUCUGUGUGAGAGACACGUACAUAAUAUAUAAAUAUUAUACAUAUAACGUGUGCGUAACAGGGGAUAAGAUUGAUUAGAUGAGCAAUGUUAUGUCGCGUAUAUAUCCGUAUUCUCGAAUAUAUAUCGAACUCGUCGGUGUUUCGAGUGGGCUAGAAUCGUGGGGUCAUCAUCUUGUGUGUCUAUCGCACGAGAUGAUAAGAAAAGGGGGAGGGAAAUAGGGAGGAACUCGAUGUCGACUCGAACAAGAUGAAAAAGAAUGAAACAGCCUUGUACAUACCGUGUAAGCUUAAGUUUGCUCGUUAAGUAACACAAUUGCGAGAUUCGAGUUUUUCAUUUUUCAUAUAUAUAAAUAUAAAUAUAUAUAUAUAAAAAGAGAGAGAGAGAGAGAGAGAGAGAAAGGAAGAGAGAAAGAGAGAUAGAGAGAUAGAUACUUAAAAGAGGAUCGCAACGCUACCGUUCUCAUUGUUUCUUGUUUCAUUUUUCUUCGAUGGGGAAAUGUUUGCGUGCUUAUCGAUAUAUUAAAUAAGAAUAAGAAGGAUAAGAAUGACUUUACGAAAAAAAUUCUAAGAUCAAGGAUCAAGAAUCUGACUUUGCCUUUCUCGUGAACAUAUCGAAUAAAAAGUUUGCGUCGUUUUGAACGCGCAUCGCGAAAUUCGUGCCAACAAAAUUCACCUUCAGAACGUUCCGUUUCUUUUUCAUUUUUUUCUUUCGUCGAAGAAUCGAUCUUUCGAAGAUUUGAUUUUCGAACAAUAUCCAACGAUUUUAUUAUAUUAACGUUUCGGUCUCCGUUUUCUCUGUUAUUUCUCAAUUUCGAAGGAACGAAUGAUUCGAAAGGGUACAAAGAGCGUUCACGAACCGCUCGAACAAGUUUUCUUUUUUCUCUUUUACAGGAUUAAAAAAAAGAAUUAUAGAUAUCACGGUUUCACACAAUUCACAGAAAUGAAUAUUUGAUCGCAUCAGGGUGAGGAUACAUUGGAGAGAGAUAGAAAUUAAUCUCUGAGGAUAUUUCUUUCGAAUAUUUGGACAUCGAUGUUGAAGAAGCAUUUUACCAUCGACUUUUCAAUGUACAUCCAAUUGCGAAGAAAGUAUAUCCCUCGAGAAUUUUAUUUUAUUCUCAGAUGUAUCCUAUGCCCUUAGGAUAUAUGUGCUAUUUCGGAUACUACGAUGAUUAUCAUAAUAAUAAUUAUAAUAAUAAUAAUAACAAUAAUAACAAUAAUAAUAAUAAUAAUAUUAAUAAUAAUAAUUCGCGCAAAAGAUCGCGUGCAAAUACAGAGCUGCCUGUCUUAAAUUUUGUCACAUCGAGAAUAAUGUACCGACCUCUUCGAUUCAUCUAUCGAUACUGGCUCGAGAUACGAGAGAAAGAGAGAGAGAGCGAGAGAGAAAAAUAUUGAUCAGUAUUCGAAUUAUCCUCAGCUCUGUAUACGUUUCACGCAAUAUAAAGUAUAUUAUGUAUCAUAUACGCAUAUAGAUGUACGAGACAGUAAGAUAAACACUGCCAAUGAGUAAUCACUGUAAUGUUAAACGUUCACAUAAUCAUAGCGAAUACGACCAUUCCCUAAUUUAAUGCACCCUCGUCGCAUCGAAGAUAUUUGUAUGUAGGAAAGAAGGAGGGGGAGGGGAGAUGUUUUUCCCCGUGCCUACGUAAAUCAUAAUUUUGCAAGGGCGUCUCGAACAUUGUCGUCGAUUUUUGUAUUUUUAUAUAUUUUCAUUUCGCACGCUCUUUUUCAAUAUAUAGAUUCUCGAAUUUAAAUUGAGAUUACAUUGUAUUUUUUUUUGUUACAUUUUGCAACACAUCUUUAAAGAUAUAAAUGUUCCAUUUGAACAAAAAUUCAUGUAUAGCAUUUUCACAAACUGAAUUCUGAAAUUAAGAUUCAGGGAAAUUUUUUAAAUUUUCCCAUCCUCGAGAUAAAAAAUUUGCAUUUUACUUUGAAAAAUCAUCUUCUGGAGUGUGCUCUUUGGAAUUUUCUAACGUUUGAAAUGUCGGGGGAUAAAAUUUGUCAGAAAAACUUACUUUUUUCCCCUUCUUAAUAUACAAUCGAAACCUGUUCGAUCUCGAAAUAAUUGGACGAAAGAAAUCGAUCGAUCGAUCAGCGACAACGUUCGCGAUUGCGCUCGCAAAGCGUCCGGCCUGAAUUUUCAAAUGCUUCCUAAAUGUUCGCAGUAUACGCCAAGAAAAUAUUCUUGUAAUAUAAACGAAAGUACGUUAGGAACAUACCUUGCAGCAACUUGACUGGCGGUUCGUAAUCGUUGCAAGGCCAAUUAUAGUCGAGUUAUCACGGAUCUAACCGAUGCUGAUAUCAUUCGCCGAUCUCGAAUUUCCCGGAUUCGUCGACCCGUCGACAUUUCUCCUCGUCUCUCGAGAAAAUUCGUUCUAUGAACGUUUGUCUUCUGCGUUUCUUUUUUUUUCUUUUUUUGCAAUUUAAAAUAAAAACGGGAACACGCCUAAAUGUAAUAACACGAUUUUCUCGUUGUCAAUUCAAUAAGUAAGAUAUAUAUAUAUAUAAUGUAUUGCGCAAUUUAAUUAAUUUUUUUUUAAGGACUCGUGUCUUCACUUCGAUGAUUUUCGGUUUAGACGACAAGACGAGGGAUUGACGUGGUUGACACGCCGUCACCGAACAAACGCUGCGCCAGUAAUUUUUAACGAAGAAGCGACCUAUUAAUUACGUCUAAUGUCUAGUCAUACACGGUGAGAAAAGUGUAAGCGAGCAGCGAACUCAAGAUCCAAUUUUUACACGACGUUUUUCAUAUCCCUAGGCGUUUUGUAAUCGAUUUCUUUUUUACAAUAUUUUGUAAAUAUUUGUACUUUUUUAUCUACAUCGUACUUACGAAUCUUUGAAAUAGUAUAUGCUACGAUUAAAUAAAGGUGGAUAAAAAUGGAAAA